UCAAUAUGGCGACUGGCUUCAAACGACUGAAUUGAAGUUCAUAUUUCUUUAUCGCCAUAAUCGCUUAAUAUUUAAUUUAGAUUUAGUAAUAAUAGAGUCUAAGCUGUGUGAAAUAAGCUAAUUUGUUUUAAGUGUGUUAUUGAAGAAAAUUCCACGGUAUCUACAGCGAAAUGUAUGACGAUAGGCGCGGGGGUGGUCGUGGUGGGGGUCGCGGUGGUCACCGCGGUGGAGGCCGAGGUGGGCCUAGAAGCGGCGAUAGAUCAGACGACAGAGGCGGCAGUAGAUUUGGCGGGCGAGAUGGCGGCGGUAGAGGAGGAGGCCGUGGCGGCGGUGGACGGGGCUUCGGUGGCGGUCGAGGCGGGGGAGGGCGUGAUGAUUUCCGCAGCAACUUUAAAAAUGAUCAACCUGGAGGCAAUCUCCGGAAAAUCCGCUGGGACACGGUUGAGUUGAUUCCGUUCCAGAAAAACUUCUACGUUCCUUGCGACAGCGUCGCUCGCCGCACGCCAGCUGAAGUCGAAGCGUACCGCAGCCAGCACCAAAUAACUGUAAAAGGCCGAGAUGUGCCGAACCCUAGCAUGUUUUUCGAAGAAGGUGGUUUCCCUGACUAUGCUAUGAAAGAGAUCCUGAAGCAAGGCUUCCCCAGUCCAACCCCAAUCCAAGCCCAGGGCUGGCCGAUUGCUUUAUCAGGAAGAGAUUUAGUUGGUAUAGCUCAAACUGGCUCGGGAAAGACUCUGGCUUACAUCUUACCUGCAAUUGUGCACAUUAUUAAUCAACCGAGGCUGCUGCGAGAUGAUGGCCCUAUUGUCUUAGUAUUGGCUCCAACUAGAGAGCUUGCGCAACAAAUUCAACAGACUCUAGUUGCGAUGAACGGGAUACCAGCAGAAAUGGAUGAUCCCAACACGGACACAAGAAUUGUUGCCAAUGACUUCGGUCAAAGUGUGGCCGUGCGCAACACGUGCGUGUUUGGCGGGGCUCCCAAGGGGCCGCAGGGGCGCUGCCUGGAGCGAGGCGUGGAGAUUAUCAUUGCUACACCGGGGCGGCUUAUUGACUUCUUGGAGAAGGGUACUACAAACCUGAAGCGCUGCACAUACUUGGUGCUGGAUGAGGCUGAUCGGAUGCUGGACAUGGGCUUUGAGCCCCAGAUCAGAAAGAUUAUUGAACAGAUCAGACCAGACAGACAGGUUCUGAUGUGGUCCGCAACCUGGCCCAAAGAAGUCCGAAACCUUGCUGAAGAGUUCCUCCAUGACUACAUCCAGAUCAACAUCGGUUCCCUCCAGCUGUCAGCCAAUCACAACAUCCUACAGAUUGUGGAUGUCUGCGAGGAAUGGGAGAAGAAUGAUAAGCUGAUUACUUUGCUUACGGAGAUCUCAUCAGAAGAGGAGACUAAGACUAUUAUUUUUGCUGAAACUAAGCGAAAGGUGGACGAAAUAACCAAGUCCAUAAACCGCGCGGGCUGGCGCGCGCUCGCCAUCCACGGCGACAAGAACCAGCAGGACCGCGACUACGUGCUGCAGCAGUUCCGGAACCAUCCGCGCGGCGUGCUGGUCGCUACCGACGUCGCUGCGAGAGGCCUUGAUGUGGAGGACGUGAAGUUUGUGAUAAACUAUGACUACCCGAAUAACUCGGAAGACUAUGUGCAUCGCAUCGGGCGCACGGGACGCUCGCAGAAUACCGGCACGGCGUACACGCUAUUCACUCCGAACAAUUCUGCCAAGGCCAAAGAUUUGAUGUUGGUGCUGCAAGAGGCCAAUCAGGUGGUGAACCCCAAGCUGCUGGAGCUGGCGCAAUGCGGAAUGGGCUUCAAGGGGAAAUACAAUCGUGGCCGCUACCGCAACGACCGCGAUGACGACAGGGGUGGGAGGGGCGGCGGCGGCGGCGGGGGGAGGGACGGCGGUCGCGGGCGCGGCGGCGGACGCGGCGGCGGCCGCGGGGGCGCGCGCUUCGGGGACCGCUCCGGAGGCUCACGAUGGGACAAUAACUCCAGCAACGACAAUGGAGGCUACCAAAGCGGAGGAGGUUUCGGCAACCGAGGCGGCGGUUUCGGCAACCGCGACGGCGGCAGCGGAGGAGGAUUUGGCAACCGUGACGGCGGUAGCGGCGGCGGUUUUGGCAAUCGGGAUGGCGUUAGCGGUGGUUUUGGCAACCGCGACGGGGGUAGUUAUGGCAACCGAGAUGGCGGUGGAUUUGGCAACCGUGAUAACGGGUUUAGAGGACGCGGCGCACCUAGAGGAGGUGGUAGAGGCCGAGGUGGUUCCACCGGCGGCUUCGGCGGCGCCCCCGCGGCCGGCAGCUUCAGCGUGCCGCCGCCCGCCGCGCCCGCCUCCUACUACAACAUGUACGCGCAGCCGCCGCCGCCGCCCGCCAACAAGUUCAUGCCCAAGUAGUACUAAUACUGUACGGCUCCUUAUCGUUUGUCACCAUGCCUGCCACGUUCUAACAAGUAAGCGCGAAAGUGACGGGCAUAGUAACAAGUGAUAAAAAAAAACAUGCUGCCCCUGCUGUACACUAUAGCUAAGAUCAGUAGACGAAUUUUUAAGGUGGAUUGUUUUUGAACUUUUAAUAAAUUAAGACGGUCAGAUUUAGUGAAUUUAAAUUUCCUGUUUAAUGUGUUGAUGCAGAAUUGUAAAAUCCUCGAUAAUUUGUAAACUAGACCGGGCAUCGAACUUUGGGACCGAGAUAACACAUUCACUGCCAGACGAAAAACGGCACGCUACCCCAGGAACCGGGCAAUAUAUAAAAGCGCCCGCUGUGCGGGUUGGUAAACUCACAUUAUUAUUAAACCAGUACUGUACGCCGAGCGCCCACUAGGCGGGCGCCCCUGCGUACGCCAGGGCUCUUAAGUUUCAUAAUCAAACAUCCUAGUACUUUUAUUUUGUUAGUACGGAGCUACUCACGCCCUUCACAACGUGAUGCAUUUACAAAGGAAUUAUUAAUGUAAGUAAUCAUAAAUUAAACCAUUUAAUCCGCGGCCAAAAUUAAUUAUAAUUUGACGCGGAUUAUCGGAUCGUGCAUAUACAUAGAUUAGUCUCCAAUUUGUAAUUUAAGAUAUUAAAAAGUAAUUGAUCCAUGUCUAUAUUGUCUAUAAAUAAUAUUAUAGGUAAUAAGUAAAUAAAUCUCUCCCGGUGUCAACCCUGCGAUAUGCCUGUGAAGAUGUGCGCUCACCAGGUGUGUUGGCGUAGACGGUAGUCGUCUAUAGCUGUGUAUAAAGUGAACUCCCGCAGCGGGUUGUCCGGCAUCCGAGUAAAGUUUACGAGCGCCCACCUGGUGGGUUCCUGGCAGUGAAUGUGUUAAAUGAUAGGUAUUCGACAUCAAUACUUUUCACAUGUAUUAGUUUUCGCUCCCAACUUUAUCUGCUACAGAUCGUGUCAUUCGCACCAAAGCGUGCCUUAACUCGCAUCGUCAUAUUACUAAAAGUUAGAUUUGUCAAAUCUACGCGUCAUCGUGGAUGACACGAAAUAUAAUUAUAAUUACGGUCCUGAAAACUUUGAAAGAUCCCAAGAUAGGGACCGUGCGCGUUGGAGGGUCUGCCAUCUUGUGGCCUGAAUCGGAACCAUAAACAUGCACAUGUACACGUCACGUGUUUUCUUGUGCAUAGUAGGUUCUGCCAUCUUGUGGGCUACAUCGGAACAAAAAACAUCACAUUUACGCCUCGCGCCAAAAAUCUGACGGCUCCUGUGCUGCCUCCUACAGUUCAUGCACGCUCCCUAUACAAUCUUCUUAAAUUUAAAUCAAUGGUUACUGAAUCAAUGCAGAAUGUUAUUAAAAUUGUCUUUGAUCCCUGAUUAGACUAUACAACAUAUUUAUGUAUCAACACAUCUAUUAUUUAGAAUUAGUGAUUUUUCAAGUCCCAAAUAUUUCAUGACACUACCUUUUUCUAUAUUAGCAGAUGAAAAAUAAUGUGAAAAUUGUGAUCUGUGUGAGUCUGUACCUCGUUAAUCUUAAACUGAUUAAUUUUUCCACACAAAUAAUCAAAAUAUAAACUUUUCAGCACCAACGUUAUGAUUUUUUAAGAACAUCUAUAUCAAAAUUGUGAUUUUAUUCUUGCAGUGCAAGCCUAGAAAUAAUUGGAUUAGUGAUCUUAGUAUAAUAAAUAAUAAUGCUUUGGAUACUAGUUUUUUCUCUAGAACUAUGUUCAUCAGAUUUCUAUUACAAUAUGUAUAAAAUAGAGGGUACAUUGUUGUGUGAAGUAGGUUUUCACCUUUACUGUCUGAACAUUCCCAUACUUUCGUCAUAGAGCACUGGUUGCAGUCUGUGAAAUGUGCAAUUCAUCAAAUAAAUGUUUAUAUUAUGUAAGGA